CCGCGGCCGCCCGGGUGUCCUCGCGCCGCUCGUCCACGCGCAGCCUGGCAGUUUGCCUCUUCCUCGUCCUGCAGCCUGCGUCCAUGGCCACCGCAGCGGCCGAGGAGCCCUUCCCCUUCCACGGCCUCCUGCCCAAGAAAGAGACCGGGGCCGCCUCCUUCCUCUGUCGCUACCCAGAGUAUGACGGGCGGGGGGUGCUCAUCGCCGUCCUGGACACGGGGGUGGACCCCGGGGCUCCUGGCAUGCAGGUCACAACUGAUGGAAAACCAAAAAUCAUCGAUAUCAUUGAUACAACAGGAAGUGGUGAUGUGAAUACUGCUACAGUAGUAGAGCCCAAAGAUGGUGAGAUUGUUGGUCUUUCAGGAAGAGUGCUCAAGAUUCCUGUGAGCUGGAUAAAUCCCUCAGGCAAAUACCAUAUUGGCAUUAAAAAUGGCUAUGACUUCUAUCCAAAGGCGCUCAAGGAAAGGAUACAGAAAGAACGGAAGGAAAAAAUCUGGGAUCCUGUUCACAGGGUGGCCCUUGCAGAAGCCUGUAGAAAACAAGAAGAAUUUGAUGUUGCCAACAAUUGCCCUUCUCAAGCAAAUAAACUAAUCAAGGAGGAACUUCAAAGUCAAGUGGAAUUGCUAAAUUCUUUUGAGAAAAAAUAUAGUGAUCCUGGCCCUGUGUAUGACUGCUUGGUGUGGCAUGAUGGUGAAGCCUGGAGAGCCUGCAUUGAUUCGAAUGAAGAUGGGGACUUGAGUAAAUCUACCGUGUUGAGAAACUACAAAGAAGCCCAAGAAUAUGGUUCUUUUGGCACAGCUGAGAUGUUAAAUUACUCUGUUAACAUAUAUGACGAUGGAAACCUGCUGUCCAUUGUGACCAGUGGAGGAGCUCAUGGGACACACGUAGCUAGUAUAGCUGCUGGGCAUUUUCCUGAAGAACCUGAACGGAGUGGUGUAGCUCCCGGUGCUCAAAUUCUUUCAAUCAAGAUUGGCGAUACAAGACUAAGCACAAUGGAAACAGGCACGGGCCUCAUAAGAGCUAUGAUAGAAGUCAUCAAUCAUAAGUGUGAUCUUGUCAACUACAGCUAUGGAGAAGCUACUCACUGGCCAAAUUCUGGGAGAAUUUGUGAAGUCAUCAGUGAAGCAGUGUGGAAGCAUAACAUAAUUUAUGUUUCCAGUGCUGGAAAUAACGGUCCGUGCCUUUCUACCGUCGGUUGUCCCGGUGGAACUACAUCGAGUGUAAUAGGUGUUGGUGCUUAUGUUUCUCCUGACAUGAUGGUUGCUGAGUAUUCCCUGAGAGAGAAAUUACCGGCCAACCAGUACACGUGGUCUUCUAGAGGCCCCAGUGCCGAUGGGGCCCUAGGAGUGAGUAUCAGUGCACCAGGAGGAGCCAUUGCUUCUGUCCCUAACUGGACAUUGAGAGGAACUCAGCUAAUGAAUGGGACAUCCAUGUCUUCUCCUAAUGCGUGUGGAGGCAUCGCCUUGAUACUUUCUGGUCUGAAAGCUAAUAAUGUUAACUACACGGUUCAUUCAGUCAGAAGGGCUCUAGAAAACACUGCCGUGAAGGCUGACAAUAUAGAAGUAUUUGCCCAAGGACAUGGUAUUAUUCAGGUUGAUAAAGCCUAUGACUACCUCAUUCAGAAUACGUCAUUUGCUAAUAAAUUAGGUUUCACUGUUACUGUUGGAAAUAAUCGAGGCAUCUACCUCCGAGAUCCCGUUCAGGUGGCCGCACCUUCAGAUCAUGGCGUUGGCAUUGAACCUGUAUUUCCGGAAAAUACUGAAAACUCUGAAAAAAUAUCCCUUCAGCUUCAUUUAGCUUUAACUUCAAAUUCAUCUUGGGUUCAGUGUCCCAGCCAUUUGGAACUCAUGAAUCAGUGUAGACACAUAAACAUACGUGUGGAUCCCAGGGGCUUAAGAGAAGGAUUGCAUUAUACAGAGGUGUGUGGCUAUGACAUAGCCUCCCCUAACGCAGGUCCUCUGUUCCGAGUUCCAAUCACUGCAGUGGUAGCGGCCAAAGUAAACGAAUCAUCACAUUAUGAUCUAGCCUUGACAGAUAUACAUUUUAAACCUGGUCAAAUUCGAAGGCAUUUUAUUGAGGUUCCUGAGGGUGCAACAUGGGCUGAGGUGACUGUGUGUUCGUGCUCUUCUGAGGUGUCGGCCAAGUUUGUUCUCCACGCAGUGCAGCUGGUGAAGCAGAGGGCGUAUCGAAGUCAUGAAUUCUAUAAGUUCUGUUCCCUUCCGGAAAAAGGGACACUGACUGAAGCUUUUCCUGUCUUAGGUGGGAAAGCAAUUGAGUUUUGCAUUGCUCGUUGGUGGGCAAGUCUUAGUGAUGUCAAUAUCGAUUACACCAUUUCCUUCCAUGGAAUAGUGUGUACUGCUCCUCAGUUAAACAUUCAUGCGUCGGAAGGAAUCAAUCGUUUUGAUGUUCAGUCCUCCUUGAAGUAUGAAGAUCUGGCUCCCUGCAUAACCUUGAAGAGCUGGGUCCAGACACUGCGACCACUGAGUGCAAAAACAAAACCUUUAGGAUCAAGAGAUGUUUUGCCAAAUAAUCGUCAGCUUUAUGAGAUGAUCCUGACCUAUAACUUUCAUCAACCCAAAAGUGGGGAAGUAACUCCAAGCUGCCCACUACUUUGUGAACUAUUGUAUGAAUCAGAAUUUGACAGCCAACUGUGGAUUAUAUUUGACCAGAACAAAAGACAAAUGGGUUCGGGAGAUGCCUAUCCACAUCAGUAUUCUUUGAAACUGGAAAAAGGAGAUUAUACAAUUCGACUACAGAUCCGUCAUGAGCAGAUCAGUGAUUUGGAACGUCUUAAAGAUCUUCCAUUUAUUGUUUCUCAUAGGUUGUCUAAUACCUUGAGCUUAGAUAUUCAUGAAAAUCAUAGCCUUGCACUUCUAGGAAAGAAGAAAUCAAGUAAUUUGACAUUACCACCCAAAUAUAAUCAACCAUUCUUUGUUACUUCCUUACCCGAUGACAAAAUACCUAAAGGGGCAGGACCUGGAUGCUACCUUGCAGGAUCCUUAACGUUAUCAAAGACUGAACUUGGAAAGAAAGCUAAUGUCGUUCUAACUCCCAGGGGCAGUCUGCAGCAAAACGACAAGGAAAAUUUAAAAAGAUUGUUUAUCUUUGGGUCGUCCUGAAAAUGGCUUGAGAGCCACUACUUCAAAAAAUGAGAAAAAGGUCUUCUAGAAGCCCAUUAAAAAUAGAAGGUGCUUAUCACAGAGGCAUAGCUGGGAUUUUUUUCUAUUGUAUAUUUUGGUUGCUCUUCUGGGAAUUUUGGUGGAUUUUGUUUGGAUUCGGUUGUGUAAGGAAACCAUUAAAUGAGUAAGAAGGUUAUUAUUACUUGGUUAGGAAAGCUUUAUAUAAAGCUAGAGGCAGCUAGAGUUGCCUCUUCCCAUUUCUCCCUGUCUUCAGGGCAAAUACGUGUGAAGCUCUUAUUUUAUAAAUAAUCAUUAUUACAGUUUUAUAGUCCCAUUACCAAAAAGAUGUAUAUGUUAAUUUAUUGCCUGAACAAAAUACCAGCUAGCUUUUGGUGCAUAGCCCUCAGUGUAUAGUUCCUCUGUAUUUCAGUGACUUUUGAUUUGAAAAUCUAGGUUACCUUUUUUAAGUUCAUUGUCGUAUGAAAGAAUAUGGUUACUUUCAACAGAUGAUAAAUAGCAUUCAAAUAUGAUACUAAUUUUAAAAUAGCUAGUUUGUGUGAAGGCAUUAAAGUUUUGAGUUUAGCCAUUAAUAAUUUAAGAAGAAAAUUAUAAUUUUUGAACCAAAAUUUAAAUGGCAGUUAUGUUGCCCAGAAAAUAAUUAUCGGUUUUGCAGGUCGAUUGGACUUUCUAAAGGAAAUGGUUCAUUUCAGACACUGUCAAAGUACUUGGUGAAUAGCUGAAAUGGAUGUUUUUUUUUUUAAAAAUUGUUAAGUAUCAACUAUAGAGAACUUCAGCAUUUCUGCUCUGAAGAUUCAUCUUGCGUACCUUUUUAAAGCAUAAUCAAGAUUUCUCAAGAUUUAAUGGCACAAAAUGAUUUCUAUUAAACUGACCCUGUACUAAGUCCUUGAGAAGUGAAUUAAAAAAAUAUUGACAAAAAGAACAAGUGAACAUGAUAAAACAAAAAAUAACUCAAUUUUUCUGUUGAUUAGGAAUUAAAACUGCCAUGUUCAUAAUUUUUAGUAAUAAAAAAUUACUGUCCCAAAAUAUUUUAUAGGAUUUUAUUAACACUUAAAAUAGCUAAUUUGACAUAUUUAAUAUUUAAUAAUUAAAAUGCUGAUCACAAAAGCUUGAUUUCCCCCCACUUCAAGGUCAUUCCUCAUAAAUUCUCCGUCUCGUGCUUUUACUGAUAGUUUAUGGUUGCCAUGGUACCCCAUUUCUUCCUAUUUAUAGAUCUUUGUUAGAGUUUGUUGUUAAUCGUACAUUAAGUUAAUGGAUUGCUCAUUUUAAAUUCAAUUCUGUUUUCUCUCUUCUGUACUAAAAUGUAAUAGCAAAUGCCUUACCUUUGAGCUUCAGAGGAGGAAUUGCCUCACAGCAGAGACUCCUUCCCAUCCUGACAGUUGCCCCUGUCCCUAAUCAGGCAAGGAGGAGGGGAUCUAAGGGAGGCUCACAUUAGAGUAGAGUCAACACGGCCAACAAGGUUGCCUCCUGCAGGCAAGUGUCCACAUUCUAGUGCAGUGGGUUCCAAAGAGAAUAGGACUGUAGUCAGAGGGUCAGCAUUCGAGGCUGUCUCUGCCCCUUAACUCUUCAGUGGAUUGUCUGUGCUGCACGGAUGACACUGAGUGAGUGAUCCUUUCCCAGAAGAACCUGAUGGUUAAUUAGCAACUCAGAUUUUGCAGAUGCUUGAACUCGGCUUUGCCCGCGCAGUGCCCACUUAGGAAGGCGACCUCAGGAGGAGGGGGGAAGGAUGGGUAGCAGGGUCCUGAGGAGCUGACCCAAGCAGAACCCCUGCUUCUUUUCCCCCAUCUCACUCUGCACACGCGACCUUGGCUUGCCAGUGCUGGCUUCCGGCCUCCAAGCGGGGCCCUGAGAUGGCUGCAGGUGGAUGUGUGUGGUUCCGUCCUCCCAGUGGUCCUAGCGGGCUUCAGACGGGUCCUGUCGAAGUGUGGCUCCCGUUUGACGUCGGAAUGCUGUCAGAACUGCAGCAGUGUUGCUUAUAAAAUUUAAUUGUGAGAAUUGCUAACGUGGGGAUAUCCGUGUUGUAUUUACACCUGAAAAUCCUAUUUGGGGGAACGUGGGGGCUUGCAAUACUAUUUUCUUUGACUUAACCCGUGUAAAGUUUUUUUCUGAGAUUCCUGUGAUUAGGGGAGUAAAAGUCUUCUUGAUAACAUAAUUUUUUCAGUUUUAGAAACUUUGUUAAUUAAAACAAAAGGUUUGAAUUUAGCAGCGUUUUUAAUAUAAACCUGAAGAUAGAGUUGGAGAAGUUGACCUAAUAAAUAAUGACUUAAUUAAGGGCACCUGGUUAUUGUGCCAGAAACAGAUUAGCCAGCGUAAUAUGGGGUUUGAUUUCCCAGAUAAUGCAUUAGUUUCAACCAAUAAAGACUUCUGUGCUUUCAUAGAAUAGAGGGAAAUAGAUGUAAUUAGAAUUCCAUUUCUCUGCUCUCUUGUAAGCGAAGCUUCUCAAACCAUCUGUGCCUGUUUACUUCCCACUCUGUCUGCAUCUCUCCCAGGCAGCCCUUAUCCCCCGCUGUCCAUGGAAACAGCUACUCUCUUGUCAUCUCUUGCCGUGGUAGCAGCCACUGCUGCCGUUUGGUUCUUCGGGAUUCUGUGGCAGGCCCCGCCCCAGCUACAGGCCCUGGUUGACCACUCCUCUCUGCCCACUUGUCCUCACAGCCCCUCUGGGGCCCGUCUCCCUCACUCCCAAGCAUCUUUGAAACCGUAGAAUGCUUUGGAUCAAGGCCUGGGCUUCCUCUUCCCCUCCCUCAGCCCUGCUCAGUCUUAUUUGUCCCCAACUUGCAACCCCAUCAACACCACUGUCAAUUCUGCAUCAUGGAUUUCUAAUCCGUCCGCUUCUUCCUCUUCUACAGCCUCUUCUUCACAUCAGGGCGGUGCUGGGAAUUCUAGCUUUGCUCCCUAACUUGUCUCCCUCCUUCUUGACUUCGGCCAUCUAUCAUCCAUUCUCCAAAUAGUAUGAAGAGCUAUUAAAAACAAACCAACAUUUUUCACAUGUGUAGGAUCCAAAGUCAUUAAAUAAAGAGCAGAAAGAAGUCUUUAAUCAUGCCACUGCCUUGCCUACAACUGUCCUGUAGGCUUCCUCUUGCAUUUAGAAUAAAAUCUGUAUUUUUGUGCCAUAUUCCAUCAGCCCCACUUACUAUGGUUGCUGCCCAUUUGCUCUUGCCGUGUCCACAAGCUCGGGUUUUUAUACGUCCUCCUCUUCUGUCUUCAGACUCUUCUCCCUCUCCUCAUUUGGGUCGGUUAGGUUCAUUGAGGCUCUUCCAUUUAGGUCAUGUGGGUUCACUUAGACAGGGUAGUCCCUGUUCCAGCACCACUGUGUCUGUGCUGUUCCCCCACCGUACUGAGCAGCUGCUCUCUGUCCCUGCAUUCUGUUUCAUUUUCUUCCUAUCGUGUGGGAUUAGCCAAAACUAUUCAUUACUUGUAUGUGUCUGUCUUGCCCCACUGGGAUGUGUUCCCCAAGGGCAAGGAAGGGCCUUGUCUGCUUUGUUCUUCACCUUGUAGAGCCUCACAGGGCCUCAAUAAGUCCUGUCGAUUGAAUGAAAAAAGAAAAUUU